AUGGUUGGGUACGGUUCGCAAAUUGGAUGGACUAAGUAUCGCCACGUGGACUACAAUGAAUGGAAUGCUGACGAUGCGGAUGACAGGGACGCGAUCGACGUGGAGGGGGAGGCGAGGGAGGGUCCAGGGGUUGGCGAAGAGCGAGUGCUGCAGCGACUGGUCGAGAGGCUGGAAAGCACUCCCCUGACCGCCUCCCCGCGCCACGUGUCCAGGGCAGUGCGCAGCGCGGGGGUGCGCCUCUCGUCGCGCCGCGUGGCGCUGGCAGCGCGGCUGCUCGCCAGUAGAGGCAGCUGGCGCAGGGCGCUGCUGCUCGUGCACUGGGCCGCUCGCCGCGACCAAUCACGCGUCGACAGGAAGGUGUUCACGUCGCUCAUUGCUGCCCUGGGCUGGCGCUACCCCGAUGCUGUGCUGCAAGCCAUGCGACUCAUGAUGUCGCAACCCUCCACGUGGCCUGACCUCCCAGCCUACAGAGCAGCAGCAGUGGCGCUAGGAAGGGCGGGGUAUUUGCAGGAGCUGCUGCAGCUGAUGCAGGAGCUCAGAGAGGGCCCCACCCACACCAACCGCAUUGCACCACUUGGAACAGAUGGCAGAGGCGCUGGCGCUGGUGCUGCCAGUGUGGCUAGCAGCACAAGCAGCAGUGGCUCCAAGUCGGGUGCAGCAGGGAGCAGCUGGCUGGCGCCAGACGUGGUGGUGUACAACGCUGUCCUGAAUGCGUGUGGAGCGAAGAGGCAAUGGAAAGGCGUGCAGUGGGUGCUGCAGCAGAUGCGCAGCGAGGAGGUAGCUCCCGACGCAGCCACCUUCGGGCUGGCGAUCCAAGCCCUGUCGCUCUGCAAUCAGACGCACCUCGCCCUGCAGCUGCUGGCUGAUAUGGAGGCGGCUGCCUUCCCCCCUACCACCCACACCUACCGAGGUACCUCGAAUGGUCCUGAGCGUACUCUCCGCAUAUGCCGGCACUGCAAGCUUAAGUUCGUAGGGGGCGCCUUCCGUUGCGCGCAACACAUCACGCGCUGGAAAGGGCUGAAACGGAAGGACGUCCGUCUUUGCAAGGCGCCUAUCCCUUCUGCUGACCGCGGCGCCGUCCGCGAAUUGUACGAAGGCAAACACGCCCGCAGGGAAGGGAAGAAGAAGGCGGAGGAGAUGGCGAUCGAGGCGUGUGCGGGUGGAGCGAAGAAGCAGUGCAUCGAAGACUUCUACGGGGAAGGGGCGUCGUGUGCGAAGGAAUCGGCAGACGACGCCAUCUGCCUCAUGUGGGCGGCAGUUCACCUCCCGGAGCAUCUCGCCGAUCACCCUCUCUGGCGCAACGCUGUGCGCUGCAUCACGGACGCGGGCCAUGGCUACGUUCCCCCGAAGCGGCGGUAUGUUGGUGGCGCCGGCCUUGCGCGCUGCCGCGAAAAGAUCGAGAGGGGGCUCGCUCCCAUCACUGCGAGCUGGAAGCGGGAUGGCGUGACGAUAGGCUCGGACAUGAUGACGGACAAAAGUGGCCGUCCCCAAGCCAACAUCCUGCUCAUCAACGAUUCCGGUGCAGUGUUCACCGAAAGCAUCGACUGUAAGUUGGAGACGAAGACGGGAGGUUACAUUGCAUCCGUUUUGCGCCCGAUCAUUGAGAAGGUGGGGCCCGCCAACAUAGUUGCGUUAUGCAUGGAUGGGGGCAGCAAUUAUGCGGCUGCAUGUAGGGAACUCAUGCUUGAGUAUCCUCACAUUGAGCAUGUGCCGUGCGCUACUCACGUCAUGGAUCUGCUCAUGGAGGACAUUGGUGAAAUGGAUUGGGCGAAGGACAUUGUGGCUAAGGCGGGGGUGAUUAUUACCUUUGUGCGUGCCCACCAUUUCACCAAAGGUUACAUGCGAAGCCCGCAGGUGAAGGGAGGGAAGGGGAAGCAGGUGCUGAAGCCGGCGGGCACCAGAUUUGGCACGCAAUUCAUCGCGGUGCAGCGGCUUUGCGAGGUGCGGAGUGCAUUGACGCAGAUGGUGCUGAGCCCGGAGUGGCAGGCUUGGGCGAAGGGGAGGAAGCCGCCGGUCGAGCCCUUCGCAACCAUGAUCAUGGAUGCCGUGUGGUGGAAAGGUGCGGAGUUCUUCGUCGCCCUCCUGAAGAUCCCCUUUGUCGUCAUGCGCAAGACCGACUCGACGGCCAAGGGCAUGAUGGGCAGGAUGUACGAUCUGAUGCUGCAGCUCACGGAAGACAUCAGCAAAGAGGAGAGGCAGGAGGCAAGGAUGCAGCGGUUGGUGGCUAAUAACAGGAGCAGGAGGAGGCUGAUACGUGAAGGGAAAUUGCAGAGAGAGGCGGUUGCGGCAGGGGAAGCAGGGGAAGAGGGGAGGGAGGGGGGAGCAUGCGAGGAGGAAGUGGGGGAAGAGGAGGGGGUAGAUGACAAAGGGGAGGCCAUUGGCGUGACAGGAGAAAGCGAGGAGCAGAAGUGCGAGGAGGAAGAGAAUAUGAAGGAGAACUGGGAGGAGGACAGGGAGGAGAACGCAGGUGAGAGGGUGUGGAUGGGCAGGAGACGAGAGGACCCUCCACUGGUGCCCAACAGCCACACGUUCGCAGCCAUGCUGGGAGCGUGUGUGCGGUGCCGGCAGUGGCAGGCCGUGAGGCAGGUAGCACGGGACAUGCAGCGGGCGGGGUGGCCGCUGCAGGUGCGGCAGCAUGGGUGGGUGGUGGACGCGCUCCUCAAGGGCAAACAGACAACCAUUGCUGACGAGCUGCUGCUUGCCAUGCGCGGGACAGCUACUGGGGCUGCUGGCCUUAGUAACAGCCAGGAAUCCAAUCGCGUUAGCGUUCAUAAUCCUGACCAUGUUGCGGGUCGAGAUUACGGUGGUGUGGGUGGGGAGGAGAGUCCUCCUGAGACAGUUGAGAGCGUGAGUGAGGAGGAGCAGAGGAGGACCGCUGCACAGCAGCAGCUUGAGUUGCUGUCGGCACUGACUCGUGCGAGCAGCAGAGGAGACGGGAUGAGCUCACAGGGAGUCUCAGAUGACAGCUGUGAAAACAACAGCCUCAGCAGCAGCGACAGCAGCAGCAGCAGCAGCAGCAGCAGCAGCAGCAGCAGCAGCAGCAGCAGCAGCAGCAGCAGCAGCAGCAGCAGCAGCAGCAGCAGCAACAGUAGCAUUCCAGACACCAGCAGCAGCACCCAAGCCAACGGUAGCAGUGGCAAGGACAGCAGCAGUGACGAGCUGAACCCUGUCCUCCUGAGGGUGCGGGAGCUGCUAGAGUCGCACGCCCCCCUGGAUGGCUUUGCUUGGCGUUAUGCGGUGGCGUCGGUGGGCGGCGGACUGACAGGGGAAGGGGUGGAGGAGGCUGUGGGAGUAAUGGACGCGUGGGGGAGGGCUUUGGAGGGAACGGCUUUGGAUGAGAGGGUGGUUGAGGAGAGGGCUUUGGAGGGAACGACUUUGGAUGAGAGGGUGGUUGAGGAGAGGGCUUUGGAGGGGAAGGUUGUGGAGGAGAGGGUGGUUGAGGUGGAGGUGGUGAGUGGGGAAGGCAGACCUGGGGCGGUGGCAGGUGCUUAUUCAGCAGGAGUUGAGUCAGGUCGUGCUGAGUCGUCAGUGGACCCUGGUGUGCUUGCCUACCUUGUAAGGGGGCUGCUUAUAGGGGGGAAGAGGGAGGAGGUUCAAGUGGCAUUGCUAUUGGUCGACCGGAUGGAGAAGGAAGGGUGGGUGGCAGAUGCCGGCAUAUACACCAGCCUACUGCACCGGACCGUCAGGCUGGGGAUGAGAGCUGAGGCUCGGGAGGUGCUGGCUCGGGCCGAGGCAGCAGGUGUGAAGGUUGACGCUCGCCCCAUCCCGGUCGCCAACCUACCGCUGCACGUGGCGCACUGCGAGACGCGCCUAGUGCGCUGCGACGGGUGUGAUGAGAUGGUGGCCUCUGCCGCCAUGGACCAACAUAUUGCAGCCGUGCACGCCCCUGCGCCCUGCUCGCUGUGUGGAGAGCCCAUGGAGCGGCGGCUCCUGGCAGAGCAUGAGGCGUCAGCGUGCCCCCUGCGCUCCAUGAUCUGCGCCUACUGUGACCUCCCUGUCACCGCCAUGGACCUCCAGUCUCACACUGACGUGUGUGGCAGCCGCACGGACCAGUGUGAGAUCUGCAACAAAUAUGUGCGGAAGAGGGAGCAGGAAGCACAUCAGCAGCAGCACAUCAUGCAGCAACCAUCACUCCAUGCUGCCACUCCCAGCACCAGCAGAGACAACACCAGAGCACAUUCAUCUCAUAGCUCUCGCGAGCCUUGCAGUGUUUCUAAUGGUUUAUCUGUUCAAACGGAAGCCUCGUAUGACCCCUCUCACUUGCCGUCCGUGUCACUGGACAAGAGGCAAUCAACCAAUUUAUCCCCUCCUUCCCCAUUUAUCCCUCCACCCGCUCCCUCCCGCUGCUCUCUACAUGGGGGGUGUGCAUGUGUGGCUGCUCCUGCCCAUAUGCGUCUUCUCUACGUGGCCCCAUCCCCGCGUGGUCUGGGCUUUGCAGCAGCAGCAAAGAACACCCGCAAUCGCCCGCCCUCUUCCACCCUCCUCCCUCUUCCCGCUCCCCUCUCCCUCCACAGCUUUCUCAAGGUCUUUGCUGUGGUGUGGGCUGGCAGUCAGGUCACCAAGCUCGUGCGAGCAGGCGGAGCACUCAUGCUAGCGCCUUUAAUGGAAAGAGGCAUAGUUAUCCUCUCCUCCUCAAAGGGAUUGUUCAGGUCCCGAGGCCAGGCAGUCGCGGCCAUUGUCGCCUUCUGCUUUGGUCUAGCUGGGAUUCUCUUCCUCGCAGUCACUGCUCUCUGGGCGUGA